GUGACGUAAUCCCAGGCCCGGCCCGGCCCGGCCCGGCCCGUGGACGCCUGGCGGCGCGGCGGCCGUACUGCCGGCUGGAGCUUAGGCCGUUGCUAAGCUGUUUUCAGGCUCGAUGAAGCGGCGGGACGCGCUCGUCUUGGCCAGGCCCCCGGCGCCGGAGAGUGAAACUCGGCGGACUCGAGCUGUCUUUCAGCAGCGCUGAAGAUACAGAGGGUGACGAUGGAGAUCAGCGGCCUCCCACUGGAGCUGUGGCGCCUGAUCCUUGCGUAUUUGCCUCUCCCAGAUCUGGGUCGCUGCUGUGUGGUGUGCAGGGCUUGGUACGAACUGAUAAUCAGUCUGGAUAAUACUCGAUGGAGACAGUUGUGUCUUGGAUGCAAUGACUGCAAACAUCCUAACUGGCCAAAUCAACCUGAUGUUGAACCACAUUCUUGGAGGGAAGCAUUUAGGCAACAUCACUUAGCUUCUAAAAUUUGGACUAAAAAUGCCCAGGACGUGGAAUCUUCUAACUGUUUGCAUUUAUUUCGGCGGAAGAAGGAUAGAAAAACUAUAUUUGUCGGUCCAACAAGUGAACAUCUGAACCUCAGGAGUGCCUUAUCUGUUGCCAAUGUGUAUGAUAAGAUUUUUGUUUGCCCUGGUGUCUAUGAAGAACAGAAUGAAGUGAUUUUAAAGGUCCCUGUAGAAAUAAUUGGACUUGGAAAGCUAGGGGAUGUGGCACUCCUUGUUAGCUUUGAUCAACACUGUCCAACAGCACGGUUGUGCAAUUUGGUCCUCAUGCCUGCGUGGUUCACACCUGUUGUGUACAAGACAUUUUCCGGCCACGUCCAACUUGAUAACUGCAAUGUAGAGAACGGGCAGUUACAUAUCCAUGCACCCGGGACCUGCCAGGUGAAGUUUUGUACUUUUAGCCAGUCCAGCAUCAACUUCCACAACGUAGCCCUUAGCAUAAUUGAAAACUCAGAAUUCAUUGGGAGUGAGAGUACAUCGGUGAGUGUGGCAGGCCCUGGUGCAACUGACAGAAAUUGGGCCUGCAAGCACUUGGCAGUUGCUGCCAAAUCCAAAUCUGUUUUGAAUUCACCAGGCCAAGCUCAAUCAACUACUUGUAACUCCAGAAAUCACUGUCAGAAUUCACCAAGCAACUUGGAAACUUUUCAAUUGAAUGAGAAUGGUUUACAGCAGAACUCCACUCAAAAUUUCCAGAUGUCCUACACAAAAGAUGGUCAUUACAACAGGGAAAGAUGUAUUCUGAAAGGAAAUCAUUGUGAUGGGGAGGUGGUGACCAUGGACACUGAUUACAGUGACAAUGAAAUGAGCACAAGCAGCGAGAAUGAAGAUGAGGAGCAAUCUGUGUAUAAACUUUCUUACCAGUCCCAUGGCCUGAGUCGCUUGUUGUCAAGAACUAAUCCACCCAGACUUCAGAAGAAGGGGACAGAUCUUCUGCAGAUGGAUUUAGAGUUGAAAACUCUGCAGAAAGAGUUGCAGAAGGAUAAAGAGGCUCAGAUUCUUGCCAGCACCCUGCAGGGCUGUUUAAUCCGGAAGUGCCUUUUUCGGGAUGGAAAAGGUGGAGUGUUUAUUUGCAGUCAAGGGCAAGCUAGACUGGAAUGCAACAUCUUCAGAAACCUCAGCUAUGCUGUGCGGGGCAUCCAAAAUGCCAAGAUUAUAAUGAUAAAGAAUGAAAUUAGUCAAUGUAAAGCAUCAGGAAUCUUUUUACGACUGGAGGCAGGAGGUCUAAUCGCAGAUAACAACAUCCAUUCCAAUUCAGAGGCUGGUAUUGAUAUCCGGAAGGGAGCUAAUCCAUUAAUAUUGUGCAACCAGAUACACAGCGGCCAUCGUUCAGGAAUUGUUGUGCUUGGGAAUGGAAAAGGCAUUAUUCGCAGUAAUCGUAUCUAUGGAAAUAAAGAAGCUGGGAUCUAUAUUUUGUAUAAUGGAAACCCAGUGGUAAGUGGAAAUCACAUCUAUCAAGGACUUGCUGCAGGUGUUGCAGUGAAUGAAAAUGGAAGGGGCCAAAUAUUAGAAAAUAUUAUACGUGAAAAUCACUGGGGAGGUGCAGAUAUACGACGAGGAGGGGAUCCCAUUCUGAGAAACAAUCUCAUCUGCUAUGGUUAUUCUGAUGGUGUCGUUGUGGGUGAACGAGGGAAAGGAUUGAUCGAAGGAAACAACAUAUAUGGUAAUAAGGGCUGUGGUGUGUGGGUUAUGUCCUCUAGUCUCCCACACAUUGCUAAUAACCAGAUCAGCCGCAACAACAUCUAUGGAGUGGCCGUCUUCUGUCGUAAAGAUGAUACAAACGACUACCUCAAUGACCAAGGAGGCAACGAGAAUUUCAGUGAUGAAUGGGAGAUUGUCAAUUGGGAAAAUGACUUUGACAGUGAUGAGGAGCGAUACACCUCGCACAAGCCAAUCACUGUAGCACUAAUUGAAUUUAACAACAUCAAUCACAAUGGCGCUGCUGGUAUCUAUAUAAAAAGCAAUGAGACGCUCAACAUUAUAGCCAACGCAAUCCAUGCCAAUCAUGACAAUGGGAUUGCAGUAUAUCAGAGCAGUCAGUUCACCCACAUCACAAACAACAGCAUCACCUGUAACAGCAUAGGUGGCAUUCUUGUGGAAGCAGGAUGCAAAGUUGAACUUCGGGGAAAUGGUAUCUAUGACAACAACAGCCAUGGUGUUACCUCGAAGGGAGAAGGUACUAUCUUGGAGAAUGACAUUCUGGGAAACCAUGGCUAUGGGCUACAGCUACUCGAAAAUGCAGAUAUGAAGGUGACGAAGAACAGAAUCCAAUCUCUUCACGACUUUGGGAUUGCAAUCUUGGACCAGGCUAAAGGAUUGGUGCAAGAAAAUCAAAUAUUCCGAGGAAAAUUAGGAAAGACCAUUUUAGAAAAGUCUGAAAAUUCGGAGGAAUGUACUGUCCAGAGCAAUGAAGUUUUAACAUGCAGCAAAAGUUCUUGCAGAUCAGGCAUUGUUUGGAAGUUGGACAAUCCUCCAUCAAGGCCGCUUGUCGAUGGAUCAAAUCGAACCUUCUCUAUCGUACAGACCAGUCAACGAGUUGCAUCCAUGACAACUCGAAUAGCUGCAAGAGUUGAAAGGGGUUGCCAUGACAAUGGAAGCAUCUUCUGUUGCAUUCUUUAAUGAUUUAAAGUUAUCUUUGAUAUAAAAUUUGGCCUGAAUAUGUCUCACAUACUUCCAGUAAUGAGCAAAGCUGGUGCACACUUUUUAUUAAUUCAGUACUUAGACCAUAAGACCUAAGAGCAGAAUUAGGUCAUUCAGCCCAUCAAGUCUGCUCUGCCAUUCCAUCACGGCUGAUCCUGGGUCCCACUCAACCCCAUACACCUGCCUUCUCACCAUAAUCCUUUGAAGCCCUGUCCAAUCAGAAACUGACCAACUUCCGCCUUAAGUAUACGCAUGGACUUGACCUCCACCGCACCUGUGGCAGAGCAUUCCACAGAUUCACUACUCUCUGGCUAAAAAAAAAUCCUCCUUACCUCUGUUCUAAAGUGUUAUGCCUCAAUUUUGAGGCUGUGCUCUGUAGUUCUGCAUACCUCCACAAUAGGAAACAUCCUCUCCGCAUCCACCCUAUCUAGUCCUUUCAACAUUCCAUAGGUUUCAUUGAGAUUUCCUCCCCCCCCCCCCCCACAUUCUUCCAAAUUCCAGCGAGUACAGGCCCAAAGCUGCUAAACUUCACUGGUGACCUUGGAUAGGAUAUAAUCAAAUGAACAAAAAGCAUAAUUUCAAGCUCCACUUGUACCAGUCCUCCAAUACAAGUGUGACCUUAUUAAAGUUCUGCUUUUGAAGCACAGUGUGCUUUCUUAUAAACUGCCAAUUUAAUCUGUCAAAUUUAAAUUCUGGGCCAAUAUGAUUUUUGCUUGGGCUUGAGUGUUUCUAAUCUGUAGUGGAAAGCUAUAUUUCACUAUGUGGGAUUCCAGAAAUGUAAAGGUUACUGACUAAAGUACAGAGUUUCCACAUUAAUUCCCCUUAUUGCAUGCAGUGACUCAGCUACUUUUUUCUAGUUAAUAUAGUUAAUAUAGUUCUAAAUCACAGUGAAAACACUUACCCUCAACCCUUUAGAAGUAAAGACUAUUUUUUACCAUUGCAGAAGAUAAACUGCUGUAGGAACUCAGCAGAAGUUUCAUCAGUGGAUCCAAAGGGAUGUUUGAAGAAUUUUUCAAGUCACUUCAUCAGUACAUAGUUUAUAAAGAAAAGACAGCCGGUUGAAGUGAGGGGAGUCUGUGAUAGAGAUGAGAUGGGCACUGGAAGGUGAUAGGUGGAAACAUAUGAGCAAGGGAGAAUGGGCACGUUGAGCAAGGUGGGGGGAGGGGAGUUGGUGACACUGGUAGGUAGAUCAAUUACCUAUCUACUGGCUCCAUCUGCCAAUCAUCUCCUGUUCAUACAUUUCCAUCGGUCACCUUGCAGAGCCCGAGAUCACUGUCUCCAUUCCCUGGCCAUCAUUACAUUUGAAUCCCUGAUGCAGUGACUCAACAAGGUAUGUCACGUAUCUCUUUAAUCAACAGCUGACACUCAUGCUGAGUUCUGACAGUAUGAUACCUCCUAAAGUGGCCAUUGAAUGCAUGUUCAUGGUCUUCUGCUGCUUUAGCUCAUCAGCCUCAAGGUUCGAUAUGUUGUGUGUUCAGAGAAGCUCUUCUGCACAUUGCUGUUACAACACGUGGUUAUGGAGUUGCUGUCGGCUUGAACCAGUCUGACCAUUCUCUGAUCUCUCUCAUUAACAAGGUGCUUUUGCUUUUUGCUCCAUUCUCUGUAAACUCUGGAGACUGUUGUGGAUGAAAAUCCCAGCAGAUCAGCAGUUUCUCAGAUACUCAAACCACACCAUCUGGCACCAACUGUCAUUCCAUGGUCAAAGUCACUCAGAUGACAUACCUUCCACAUUCUGAUGUUUGGUUUGAACAACAACUGAACCUCUUGACCAUGUCUGCAUGCUGUUAUGCAUUGAGUUGUUGCCACAUGAUUGGCUAAUUAGAUAUUUGCAUUAAUAACCAGGUCUAUCUAAAACGGCCACUGAGUGUAUAUUCCGCUCCAGAUUCCGGCAUCUGUAAUCUCAGGAAUCUGCAACAUUUCACGAGAUCAUUGGUGCUCAUCUGUGAUGGAUUCUGAUGUUUUAAUCCAAAAUUCUUUUAGAAGUCAGGAAAGAGGCACAAAAUUUGUUGCUUCAUGAUUGUUUAUUAAGAGUUGAUAGAACAAAGGGAAGCUGAAAUAGAAAGAUUUACUACUUAAAGAAGAGAGAAACUAAAGAUGACAUCUAGCAUAAAACUACUACUUUUAUACCCAGAGAUAAGAAAAAUUCCAUUCAAAUCUAUAGAUAAGAAUAAACCAAUGAGAAAACACAUUCAUUUAAUGUAGAACAAAGAAGCUCCAGAAUUAUAUUUGCACAGCCACUAGCGGCAUGUUAAACUGUUACUUAUAUAAAGGCUACUUAAAAUACAAGCAGAUAAUUCAUAUAAGCAAAGAAAAUGUCAAUUACAGAGUUGGAUCCAAAAUCUGUAUCUUAUUCGGAGAACUUAUGCAGAGGAACUCGGGAACUUGAAUAGAAUAUGAAUAUCUUGCACUUACAAGUAGCAACAUCUGUUUGUUCUGUGAACACAGUUUGUGUAUAAUUCUGCAUUCAUGAACAAGAAAGGUAAAAUAUUAAAUGAAUUUUGGAAAUCAAGGUUGACAUGAAUUGAUUGCUCAGUGUAUAUACUAUUCCACAAAUUUCACAGAAGGCUUAUUUUGUUAAAAUGUGAAUUCAUUAAUAUACAUUUUAUGGAAGAAUAUAUGCCCUAAUAACCAGAGCCCUUAAUAUUGCUCUAAAAUAGAUCGCAAAUCCAUCUCAGGAAGCUGUAACUGAGGAAACCACGGCAUUGAGAAGCUCAUUUGAAAUGAAUACCUGAAUCAGGUUUAAUAUCACUGGCAUAUGUCGCAAAAUUUGUUGUUUUGCAGUGUUACGUAUUCAGGCAACAAUAAAUAUAUGAGUUCGGCAAGGGUUUCUUAUAACAAACAACACGUUUAUUAAACACCGAAAACAAACCCCCCAAAAGUAAACAAACACUACCUAACUGGAAACAGCUGCUGAGCGGCAGCCCAAACAGUUCUUAAAGUGAUAUUGCAAAAACAGUUCUUUAAAUGAUAUUGCAAAAACAGUUCUUUAAAGUCUUAUUGCCAAAAGUUCGAUAUGCUCACAGUCCAUCUAAAAGGAGAGACUUUAUAAGACGAUUUAAAUUCUCUUUCACGUCGCUUGCUUCGAUCCCCGACGUCGAACUUCCCACGAAGAAUUUAAGAAUUUGCUUAAAGGCACUGACCUUUCCUUCCUCACUAUCCUCAAUCCUUUCUGGUAAACCCAGGGAUUAACACGAAGAUAGUCAACGAAAUCCUUCCAAAUAAGGAUCAAACAAAGGUUUCACCGUAGAAAGCGAUUCUCCUUGAUCUUUAACUUCCGAACUUCCAAUCUUCACUCUCCACUAAUUUUGAACUAGCAGAAUCAUAAAGAACCUGCUGGCAAUGACCUUUUAAACUUUAGGCAUUAAAUAAAAACUUCAUCCUUCAACUAAACUGCGUCAUCACUUAACACACGCAGUGGCAUGAAGUCAACCUGGCAAAUCCAGCCACGAACUGCCCUUCCUCACAGGGUGGGGUCUACCUUUUAUAACCUGUAAAAAAAAACCCGUCACAUGAUCUCUACUGGCGGGAAAAUGACGUUAUUCCACCAUCACAAGACCAUCACCUCAAAUCCAGUACAGCUUCAACCCCAGUCACGUGACAAGGGCUCCACUGUCAUGUGUCACGAGUACGUAACAGCAGCAGCAGUACAAUGCAAUACAUAAUUCUAAAAACAGGUAAUGCAGAAAGAAAGGGGAAAAACAUACUGAGGUGGUGCUCACAGGUUCAAUGUCCAUUCAGAAAUCUGAUAACGGGAAGAAGCUGUUCCUGUAAUGUUGAGUGCGUGUCUUCAGCCUCCUGUACCAUCUUUUUUUGUAGCAGUGAGAAGAGGGCAUGUCCUGGGUGAUGGGGAUUAUUAAUGAUGGUUGCCAUCUUUUUGAGGUAUCACCUUGUGCAGGUGUUCUGGAUGCUUGGGAGGCUAGUGCCCAUGAUGGAGGUUACAACUUUCUGCAUCUUUUCCCAACCUUGUUCAAUGGCCCCUCCGUAUCAGAUGGUGAAGCAACCAGUUAGGAUGCUCUCUACGGUACAUUUGUAGAAAUUUGCAAAUGUCUUUGGUGAUGUGCCAAUUCUCCUCAGACUCCAAAUGAAAUAUACCUGCUGUCAUGUCUUCUUUGUGAAUUACUAUUUUGGGCCCAGGAUAGAUGCUCAGAGAUGUUGACACCUAAGAACUUGAAACUGCUCACCCUUUCCACUUCUGAUACCCCCACCUCCCCUUCCUGAAGUCCACAGUCAAUUCCUUGGUCUUACUGACAUUGAGUGCAAGGUUGUUGGUGCACUCCUGUACGCCUCCAACUCACCAUCUGAAAUUCUGCCAACAACAGUUGAGCAGCCAGCAAAUUUAUAGAUGGUGCUUGAGCUGUGCCUUGCCAGUGGGUGUAGAGCAGUGGGCUGAGCACAUAACUUGUGGUGUGCCAGUGAAGGGACGUUACUCCAAUUCCCACAAGACCCGUCAUCAAAGGAUUCACUGCUCUUGCAGUAAAUUAAAAAUAAUUAGAAAACUUGCAGUCUAAAGCCAAAACUGUUCAUGUGUAUAUACUUUGUGCAUCCUUAGAAGCAGAGUACUAAGCUUAACUGGGUGUAACUACAAGGUACACCAUGGAAGAUUAACUUACUAGGUUAAUAAACAGAUGGUAAAGUAGAAUGUUGGAUCAGUGAAGUUGCUGUUAAUCAUAGUUUAGUAUAAGGUCAGUUCUGCAGGAACCAAAGACUAAACUUUGAAAAGGUUAGAACCUUCUAAGCUUGCUUAUAAUUCAAUAUGAUGUACUAAAUUAGACUAAGGAAAACCAUUAACUGUCUUCCUUACAAACCCAGAGUCUGUGGUCUUAUUUCACAGAGUAUUAAAUAACAGCAUCUAUCCACUGAUGGUCAGAAAGAUUAACCAGCUUCAAAAUCUAACUAACGCACUAUUUUCUACUUCUCUCUCCUCGGUGUAAUGCACUUUAAAAUUUGAACAAAUAAUAAACUAGUAUAAUUCAAGCAUUUAUUCUCAUUGUGUUUCACACUUGCUUUAAAACUCACUAUUGAUUACCUGCUGAAUUACAGAAAUUAAAUUAGAUAAAAUGCACAAAUUCAAACCAAACACUAAAGUUUUGAGAAAGGUCAAAAUUGUUAAAUUGAAAGCCAUUGAUUUAUUUAUUUUGUGAAGUAUUUAAUGACAUCCCAAAGAUGAUAAACUGUGAUGCAUGUAUUGGAACCAAUUGGCUUAUUGCACAUUCUCACUAUUAAUAAAUGCUGUAGUGUGACUUAAUUCCACACCUUGUGUGGGCAAUACAAGAUGCAUCUUUCCAUCAUUAUAAGAGGAAUAGUUACAUUUUAGUGUUCAAUAAAAUGCCUGUUUAAGAUGCCAAGUUUGAUAUGUAAAAAUUUGCAGUUGAAGCUAGCAGGUAGAGAAUUGAAACACCUUUGUUUCUUAAGACACAUCAAAAGACUAACUCCCAAUCUUUACCUGCUGACCACCCACCCCCCACCUUCACUCCCACUCUGUCUGCCUGUUGAAAACCCCAACAAAUAGCAGUACUGAAAUCAGUGAGUAAUCAGAUAUGCAAGAUUACCAUUGACAAUGAAGGGGUAAACAAUCUCUUUGAGAUGGACUCUCCCUCCUCAUAAUUGCUCUAUCGCUGAAAUUCAAAGGAGCAGUAUGAUCUGGCACAAAUGAAUGUAUUCAAGAAAAAAGGUACCAGUUAUAAUCAAAUCUAGGUGUACAAAGCAGUUUUUUUUACUGUUUGAAAUUUUAUGAAAAUUCAAGCUAGAAAUGAUCAUUUUAUCUAUCUGCUAUUAAUCAGGACAGAGACAUUUAAGGACAAUAAUGUUAUAAUAUUCAGUGGAAAAUCCAUAGAAUGUGAUGUAUUUGUAAAUGUGGACCUAAUUUAUAUGAAGCGCAUAUUUUUCAUUGCACCUGUGCAUACAUGUACUUGUGCACUAUGACAAUAAACUUAAAUUUGACUGAU